AAGGAUUGACAUCAGUGAUAAUGAUAUUUAUGAAAGGGUGAUAUUAACAAGUCGUAAUGAGCAUGCUAAUAAAAUCAAUGAUCAAGUUAUUAACAUGAUAGAAGCACCCGAGGUGGUAUAUAGUAGUAUUGAUACUAUUAUAUCUGAAGACCAGAAUGACUUUGUCAAUUAUCCAAUGGAGUUUAUCAAUAAGCAACAGCCGUCUGGAAUGCCACCCCAUAUUUUAAGGCUAAAGGUAGGUACAAUAGUCAUGUUAAUAAGGAACCUUGAUCAAAGAAAUGGAAUGAUUAAUGGUUCAAGGCUUAUUAUUAAAGAGAUGCAUAGGAACUUCUUGGUAUGUAAGAUACUUACAGGCCACAAAAAGAACAGUAUUGUUGCUAUUCCAAGAAUAGAUUUGUCACCAAGCGAAACAACACUACCAUUCCGCCUUAAAAGAAGGCAGUUUCCUAUAAUACCAGCAUUUGCAAUGACCAUACAUAAAUCACAAGGACAAUCAUACGGCCGUGUUGGUAUUUACCUUCCAGAACCAUUGUUCACACAUGGUCAAUUAUAUGUUGCUUUAAGUAGAGUUAGGAGUAAAGAUCAAUUAAAAAUUGAAAUGUCUGCCAAUUCGGAUAACUGUGUUGACAAUAUAGUCUACAAAGAGCUAUUAUAA